GUGGGCGGCACUGCAGCCUGCAGGACCAGAAGCCUUGCUGUGGGAUCGGCUCUCCUCUCCCCCGUCCCCCUCUGGGAGGAGGAAGGUGCCGAGGCUCUUCGCUGGGAGCUGAGAAGGGAGAGAGGGGCGCCUAUGAACCUCGAUGGGUGGACGGGGGCUGGCUGACCCUGGCGUUUCCAGAGCAAGAGGGAGCAGAGCCCGCAGAGCCACGGCUGGGGCCCUGCGGAUGCCCUGGGCGCUCCCGUCUCAUCCACUCCGCACAGCCCACCCGGGGUUGAGCUAGGAUCCCCUGAAGGAUGGGGAGACUGAGGCCCAGGGUGAUUAAAGCCUCAAUUUUAACAUUAGUAAUGGACACGCGACAGGUGCCAGGCUCCAGGCCCUGUGCCUCGCAGUUUUGUGGGACUCACCGUGUCCCUGAGAAGCAGGUGUCUUGAUUCCCGAGCUGGCUGGGGCUUGGACACGCUGUGUGGCUUCCUAGUGACAGGGCAGCUGUCCGCUGAGCGCUCAGGAGGUGCUGGGCUGGGGCUUGACGUGCGUCCUCCCAGGUUUAACCUCCGCUCGGCCUCACGUCUUCGGGAUGACGGCCGUCUGCAUUUACGUACCGGGGCACUGAGGCUGGCAGAGCAAGUGGCUCGCUGACUGUAUUCACGGCAGAGACCAGAAGGAGCAUCCCUGUUCUGUCCCUCGCCUGGCCAAGCAGUCACGUCCCGAGCGCCGGGUUCCUGCGUGUCCCUGGGGCCGGGCUCUCGGAGAGGCAGGUGUUCAUCCAGCGGCGUGAGGCCCGGCCGCUGGUGUGGACGCCUCCCAGAGCGCCCUCCCCCGCCAGCGCCUGUGCCGCCACCAUGGAGAGCGGGAGCGGGCCGGGCAGCCCCCGCACCGUGUCCCUGGUUCCCGGUGAUGCCGUCCCCAGCCCUGAGGACAAGAUGGCCUCGGUCCUCCCGGCGCUCCUCGUGUGCGUGGUGGGCGUCGUGGGCAACGCCACGGUGGUCCUGGUGGUGCUGAACACACGGGACAUGCACACGCCCACCAGCCGCUACCUGGUCAGCCUGGCCCUGGCGGACCUUACUGUGCUGGUGGCAGCCGGGCUGCCCAACGUCUCCAAAAGCUUGGCUGGGCAGUGGGUCUGUGGCCACGCCGGCUGCCUGGGCAUCACCUACUUGCAGUACCUGGGCAUCCGUGCCUCCUCUUGCUCCAUCCUGGCGUUCACCGUGGAGAGGGAGGUAUACCCCGACCCCUGCUGCAGGCCAGGACUUCCUGGCCACGAUCCUUGGUAAACUGAGUCUGCUCCCCAUUUA